AUGAGCUUACUCGCACUCACGUGCCGAGCUCCCCUGAGGUGCUCUCAGUUGGCUAUAUUCUCGUCAACGUACUUAAGACACUAUGGAAGGACACGCUUCAGUGUCAGGCGGCUCUCAAGCCAUACAGCUACUCCCCGGGACACUGGUAUUGAAUAUGUCCGAAAUAUAGGUAUCAUUGCCCACGUCGAUGCAGGGAAAACAACUACUACAGAGCAGAUGCUCUAUAAUUGUGGCGCUUUAAAACGUGCAGGAAACGUUGAUCAGGGAGACACUGUGACCGAUUUCUUGCCAAUGGAGAGACAGAGAGGAAUCACAAUCCAAUCUGCUGCUAUUACUUUCAACUGGCCACCUAAAGAACGCCUAAACCCAGAUGGCCGGCAAUAUAUCAUCAACUUGAUUGAUACCCCUGGUCAUGUGGAUUUUAGAUUUGAGGUCGAACGCUGCAUACCCGUUCUUGAUGGGACCGUAUGCGUCAUUGACGGAGUCGAAGGUGUUGAGGCACACACAGAGAGAGUCUGGUCAUCCGCUCAAGAAUUUAAAGUACCUCGAAUUGUCUUCGUUAAUAAACUCGACCGCGAUGGUGCCUCCUUUAAGAAGUCCGUGCAAGAUAUCGGGCUGAAGCUCAACGGUAUGCCAUUAGUCUGUCAGAUACCCUGGUGGCAAAAUGAGACUUUAAAAGGCGUAGUAGAUGUAAUCAGUCGUUCUGUUGUCAGUUGGAUGGGAACCAAAGACGCCCCUGAAGAACUAGCAAGAAAACCGCUCGAGGGUACAAUCAAAGAUGAGGUCGAACGCGCACGGGAGCGGUUGAUUGAACAACUCUGCGAGAAAGACGAUGAGUUAAUGGAACUGUGGAUUGCUCGCGGAAAUGACCUGCCUGACACAGCUAUUAAAGAGAGUAUGCGCCGUGUUGUUAAUACCGGCGAUGGAUCUAUAAUACCCGUCUUUACGGGAUCUAGCUUGAAAAAUACCGGCGUUGUCGCUCUACUUGAUGCGAUCACAGACUAUCUGCCUAGUCCCUCAGAACGUCCCGAGCUCGAAGUCCGGGUAGGUCGAACAUAUCAACCCCUUAGCCACGUCAUUCAAGCACCAAAGCCUUCUAAAAAGCCUCCGCCGCGUAUCGAAGCAUUGGCGUCGGUUUUCAAAGUAGUCAACGACCCCCGUCGAGGAAUGCUCACAUUUGUGCGGGUUUACUACGGGGUUCUCAAGAAAAACACCCGCAUGUGGAAUGCUAAUCUCCAGCAAUUUGAAGGCUCUCUCAAUAUGAUGCAAAUAUCGGCAGGGAAGACCAUCGAGAUACCUCACCUAGCUCCGGGGCAAAUAGGUGCAAUCACGGGCCUAAAGGCUGCGAGGACUGGAGACACCUUACUUGCUUUUAAUUCAAAUUCAACACCACAGACAGACCUUGCUACUAUACAAGUACGACCGCCUGAAAUACCUCCUGCUGUGGCUUUUAUUGUUCUCGAUGCGUACAACCCAACGGGUGCAAAGGCUCUCGAGACGGCCUUAGAGAAUCUCUCCAGGGAAGAUCCGAGUCUACGGUGGUCCAAAGAUGAAAAAACAGAGCAAUAUACGCUCUCUGGGAUGGGUACACUUCACUUAGAAGUUGCGCGUGAUCGUCUGGAGAACCAUUAUAAAGCCGAGGCUUACUGGGGCGAAAUCUCCGUUGAUUACAAAGAAUGUUUAACCGCGCGGACAACUCCUCAUCAAGCUGUUUUCGACGGGGUGGUAGCAGGUAAAUCUGGUAAGGCGGCAUGUUCUGUAGUAAUCGAGCCUCUACAAGAGGAUCAUAACGAUACGUUAUCAGGAACCUACCUCGAGCGAGACGGCAACAUCAUUCAGGUCGUGUUUCCAAAGGAGGUUCUCGUACCUAAUAUGGAGGAAACAAGGCAACAUCUCACGAAUGGUGUAAUAGCAGCACUUGCGAGAGGUCCUCGUCGCAAUUCACCAAUGCAUCAGUGCCUUGUUACAGUCACGUAUGAUGCCUCGAUCAAUUCCAGCUCAACUCCAAGCUCACACCUGGUUGGUGCAGCUAAUAAAGCAGUAAGAUCAGCCCUCAAAGAAGCUCACCAGCAAGGUAUGAUUGGCAUCCUCGAGCCAGUUAUGAGGGUCACAAUCGUCUGCCCCGAAGUGUCAGCAGGUGCCGUUCAGCACGACAUACACACAGGUCGCGGGGGGCACGUCCUCGAAGUCAGGGAUAUGCAAGAAACCCAAGCUCAAGAAGGCGAUAUUGUCAACGUAUCCAAUAUCUACGCCCCGCCAGACCCAUACGAGUUCCAAACGACGCUUCGGGAGACGCGGAAGGGCCGCCUGCGGAUGCUGGAGAUUACGGCUCGGGUACCGUUUGUUGAGAUGCUCGACUACGAUACCCAGCUCAGGGGAAAGACCCAGGGACGGCAUACCUUGACGAUGGCCUUGGAGACUUUCGAGAGGGUUACCGGUCCGAGAGAAAAGGCCCUAUAG